AUGUUCUUCAAGACCCAAGUCGCAGUUGUUGCAUUGCUUGCAUCGAGCUUUGCAAUUGCUCUUCCCUACGACACUCUCCCUGCGCCCAGCAGCACAAAGGAGAUCGAGACCACCUCGUCCUCUGCUGGCUACGGUGCCUUCCCUACUCCUUCUUCCAGUACCUGGGUCGAUACCACCACCAAGAAGACUUCCGAGACCAAGAAAACGGAAACCAAAACUUCCGAAACCAAGACUUACCCCGUCACGACAUCGAAGUCCUCCGAGACCAAGACUUACCCCGUCACGACCUCCAAGUCUUCAAAGACCAGCGAGACCAAGACUUACCCAGUCACCACAAGCAAGUCCUCCAGCUCCAGCUACUCGAAGAGUUCUUCCAAGUCCUCCAGCUCGAGCUACUCCAAGAGUAGCUCAAAGUCGUCUUCCAAGUCUUCCUCCAGCACCAAAAAGACCUCGGCCACCACGUCUUGCAAGACCGAAUACGUGACUUCGACCUCCACCGGCUACAUCACCACAGUCACCUACUCGGCCACUACAAUCUACGUCCCUUACCCCACAACAUCCACCUAUCUCUCGACCUCCACCUACGUGUCCACCGGCUACACCACCGUCACAAAGCCAACCACAAAGACCGAAACCAAGCCCGUGGUCACCGAGAAGACUUCUUACUCCACCUACGUAAUCACGACUUCCAAGCCUAUCGUGGUCACAGAAACCGGCUACACCACAAAGACUGAGACUGGAGUUGUUACCGAGACCAACCCCGUGGAGAGCACAGAGACAAAGACCGUGACUGAAGUCAAGACCAUCACUGUCACCAAACCAGAGGUCGAGAGCAAGACCAUCACCGUCACGAAGCCAGAGACCAAGACUUUCACGACUGGCAAGCAGGUCUGCAGCACUGUUCCUGCUGUCCCUACCUAUGGUGGCGGUGGUUAUUAG